ACUAGAGUAUAUAACCACGAGCUUCUUUCUCAAAUCCCCCCGCAUCUUGCAUUUACUCUUCCAUCUGCUACUCACAUACCACACAUACAACCAUGUCCCUCGGCAGAACCCUUACCUUGAACAACGGCGUGACCUUCCCCCAGAUCGGGUUCGGUACUUGGCAGGCUGCUCCUGGAGAGGUCGAGAAGGCUGUCACUGAGGCCAUCAAGGUCGGAUAUCGACACCUUGACCUCGCCCUGAUUUACCAGAACCAGGACGAAGUGGCCCAGGGCAUCAAAGACUCUGGUGUCAAGCGCGAAGACCUGUUCCUCGUCUCCAAACUGUGGAACCACAACCACCGUCCUGAGAAUGUUGAAGGCGACCUCGACCUCACGCUGAAGCAGCUCAAUACCGACUAUCUUGAUGCGUACCUCAUUCACUGGCCUGUCCCCUUCGUCAAGGAGGGCGACAACCUCUUCCCCAAGACCUCUGACGGAAAAAUCGCUAUUGAUUGGGAUGGCCCUAGUGUCGUAGACACUUGGAAGGAGGUGGUGAGGAUCUACAAGGAGACCAAGAAGGUGAAGGCUAUUGGUGUCUCCAACUUUACAGUGGAGCUUCUCGACAAGAUCAUUGAGGCUACCGGUGUGGUUCCUGCUUUCAACCAGAUUGAGACCCACCCCAGCUUGAUCCAGCCCGAACUGUAUGAGUAUGCCAAGAAGAAGGGCAUUGUAAUCACCGCCUACUCUCCUCUCGGCAACAACACCACCGGCAAGCCUCGCAUCGUCCAAAACCCCGACCUCAUCAAGAUUGCCGAGAAGCUCAAGAAGGACCCUGCCCAAGUCCUCAUUGCCUGGGGCGCAUACCAGGGCUUCUCGGUCAUCCCCAAGAGUGUUACUGCUUCGAGAAUCAAGUCCAACUUUGAAGACUUUGAGCUCCCUGAGGAGGACUUUGAGGCCAUCAACAAGAUUGGCAAAGCCAAUUACGCGCGAGGAAAUGCUCCUGCUGACUAUGACCCUGUCUGGCCCAUCAACAUCUUCGACACCGAGUCCGAGAAGCAGUACAAGAAGGCGUUCUAAGAGUUGUAAUACGAGUACAGGAUAGAGAACAGGGAACUGGUCAGAAGUAAAUAAUCAAAGCUGUGGAGUAAUCUUAUGCACUCUGUAAC